AUGGGUCGGCCAUCAGCGAAUCGGGGAGUGGAGAUACAUGGGGUUGAUGGCCAGUGCAAGCAGACGGUUGGCGUCGAGGGAAGAAACUGUGGAGAGUUCUAUGCCCCAGACGCUGUGCAUGUAACAGAUGAUGAACGAGUGAUCAUUGCUGAUACUGGUAACCACCGACUACAGGCACACAUCCCUCUCCAGACAGCAGUCAUACGCUCUGCUGGAUACGCUGACAAAGCCUCUUGUACUGCCGCUGCCAGGUCGGACAAUGUCUUCUUUGUCACCAUCUCGCCAUCAAUCACUGACCAAAACUUCUCAGAGUUCAGCACUAUAGGAAUACGUGGAAUAGAAAUUGGCGAGUUCCAUGAGCCAAUUGGUGUUGUCCUAGUCAACCACAGUGUACUGGGCCCGUGCUUUGCUGUGGCAGAUAACUACAAUCAUCGGAUUCAGGUUGUGCCAUGCAGUGGUGAGACAGGAUAUGCAUUUGGAACAGAAGGUAGUGGUCAAGGCCAAUUUCAAUACCCAAGCGGCAUCACAGUGUACCACAACAGAUUGUUAAUUGCAGACGAGAACAACCAUUGUAUACAGUUGAGCUUCAGAAGGAUUCUGGAAUCUGACGGGAUUGGUGUGUGUGAAUGUUCAAUUUUUUUAUUCCUGCAAAUGGUGAUGACCGUCGAUGGAGAGUAUAUCACUUCGUUCGGGUCUCAGGGCAGCGCUUUUGGGCAGCUGUGCCAACCGUAUGAUGUCGCUACAGAUGCCUACGGCAAUGUUCUAGUCGUAGAUCAUGGCAAUGGACGUGUUAUGGUAUAUGCCGCAGAAACUUACACUCCACUGGCUGAGUUUGGAAAAGGAGAGCUGGACAAGCCGAUGGGUGUCUGCGUGACAAGUGAGGGCUUAGUAGCUGUUUCCUGUGAUGGAAGCCACAAUAUUUUUGUGUUUUAA